AUGCCGAUGAUCACACCAGCAUUACGGCGUGCGCAAGCAGGCGCGGCCACACCCGCACCAGCAUCUUCCUCCUCGCCCGCCGCUUCAUCCUCCACCACCGCCACCCUCCCCUCCCAACCACUCCCGGACCUACCUCGCAUCCCCCUCUCCCCCACCACACUCUCCCGCAUCGCACCACCCAUCAAAAAGAUCCACUCCGACUCCGAUCUUGAAUCAUGGAAGCGUUCGUCCGCAUACUCCACGUACACACUCUUUCUGCAACGCAUCUGCGAGGCUUCCGUUGGAAAACCCACUCGACUCCCAUCUCGACCCACCUCAAACCCAACUACACCCGUAGAAAAACUCAUCUCACUCCUGUACCAACUCGACUCGUGGACGGACGAGAUCGAGCCUCAAUCCAAACCCCAGCGUUUUGGAAAUCUCGCUUUCCGCGAUUGGGGACAGAGGCUGGGCGAAAGGAUCGAACAGCUUCACUAUGAUCUGCUGCCCGAACAACUUCAUCCCUUUGUGGUCGAGUUGCGAGAGUAUCUCAUGGAUGGGUUUGGUAGCUUCGUGAGGAUCGAUUACGGAAGUGGACACGAGUUUGCUUUCUUCGCUUGGUUGUGUUAUCUCUAUCGAUUGGGGUUCUUUGAUGGCGACGAAGGCGAUGAGGGGAAGGUGGAAGAGCAGAUCGGCGUGUCCAUCUUUCCAUUGUACCUCAUGGUGGUGUGGAGACUUCAGGAUCGAUAUGGACUCGAACCAGCCGGAUCACACGGAGUCUGGGGUCUAGACGACUUUCAAUUCAUCCCUUACAUCAUCGGCUCCUCUCAACUUCGUUCUCAAUCCUCCCUCCGACCCAACCAGAUCAUCACCGUUUCCUCGCAAACCCAGCUCCUCCCCCAGCCGUCCACACCGGCAGUCCUCAUCUCAACACCCUUCACCAUCCCUGCAUCUAACCUCUCCGGAGACGCCGCCGAGGUGGUACUCCCGAAUCUAUACCUGACAUCACUGUUGCGCAUCCAAGUGCUCAAACGAGGACCGUUUCACGAACACUCUCCUCUGCUAUGGGAUAUAGCUACUACGGUACCGAAUUGGGUGAAAGUGCACGCGGGGAUGCUGAAGAUGUAUGCGGCAGAGUGUUUGGGUAAACGAGUGGUGGUGCAGCAUUUUCCGUUUGGUGGGGUCGGGUGGGUUUGGCAGGAUGCACCGGAGAACGUCACGGCAGGCAUGGCGAAAACCAGUAGCAACAGUGCGGCGGCUGGUGGGAGGAGUAUGGCAUUGGGUGGAUUGCAGGGCAACAUGAGCAGUAUGGGUAGACCGACGGAGAGGAUCACGAGGAUGCCGGCGGCGGGUGGAGCGGUGCCGGCUAGAGGUGCUGUCGGUGGAGUGAGGCUGGGUAGCGCACUGGGUUUGCCAGCUAGAAGUGCGCAGACGAGCAGGCCGACGGGGACGACGUCGAGCGCAAACCCACAAGCACCGACCAAGGCGGAAGACACAUUCGUCCCUCCGCUAGGUCCAACUCGCAUUCCCAAACCACAAUGA